AUGACUACAUCCACGGUCGAGCUACAUACUCUCGUGUCCGCAUCUCUCGGGCCCGAGGACUGCAUCGACUUUUACGAAAACCCAUAUACAGCGCUAGGAAAGCUACAAGAUGCUGUCAAAAGAAAAAGCGAACAACUCGAAUCGCCAAUUUCAACAGAGAAACCAGCCGAUGGUGACAUCAAUGGCAUCGACUGGCAUGAAUACGACCCGCCGGCAGCACUUAGAAAAACGCCCAACGUCACAUCUCAGAUCCUCCUAGAUAUCGUCUUCACUUCGAUUGAAAACGUCAAAACACGAGUCGGCCAAGAGCAACGCCUCAAGAAGGAGGCUGCAGAGGAAGCUGCUCGUCGGACAGCGGAAGAGGAACAAAAGGCAAAGGGAAAAGAACCUUAUUUACCCAUAUUCAUUCCACCUGAGGAUCCGCCAGCCGAAUCAUCAGGUACCAGAGUCAAGAAUUCGGAAGAUUUGGUCAUGUCAGGGGCUGUGCCAGAUUUCGUUCUCUUGGGCCCACCGGGAGUACCUAUCAAAGAAGAGAAACGUCGAAAGUUUGCUUUACGCAAUUUAUUCCAGCGCAGUCCGGAAGGGGGAGAAAGCAGUGCUGCUGGGCGGGCUCGUGAAGCUCUUCAACACAAACUAGAGACUAAGAUUAUGUCUGUCGACCCGAAGUCGGCCGAUCCGAAAACUUUGGAGGCUAUUGCUGCGCUCAAAAAGACCAGGCUAUUCAAGUCUACUGAUCCGAAUGCACUUGUGGAAUGCGUUUCAUGCCUCGACGACGUCCCCGUGAAACAUACAGUCAAGGUCCCAUGUCAUAGUUAUUGCCGCGACUGCUUCGUCCGUCUAGUAACAGCAGCAGUUCAAAAUGAACAACAGUGGCCGCCUAAGUGCUGCUUAAAUCAGAUCCCCUUCAAGACCGUUCUGAAGAAUAUUCCCGACGAGCUGAAAAAGACGUUUCACGAAAGAUCAUCGGAGUGGGAAAUUCCCGUCAGCGAACGAGUAUAUUGUCACGUUCCUGAUUGUGGCGUCUGGAUUAAGCCUGGCAAAAUCAGUCUCGCCAGGCGUCAAGCCCGCUGCGAACGCAAUCACGUUACAUGUACCAUCUGCCGAGGCCAGGCACACGGGAACAACGACUGCCCUCAGGAUCAAGACUUGAACUUGACCAACCUGUUAGCAGAGGAAGAAGAAGCAGAGGAGCUGCGCGACAUUCUGGCCCAGAUCGAGGAGUUUGAGCGCCAAGAAGCUUGGACACGCGAGAUUGAAAGGCUGGAGAAUGAGAGGCUGGAGCUGGAACGUUGGCAAGCUGAAGUUGAAGAGCGGCUGAAAAUGGAACAGGUCCGCAGACAAGAAGUUGAAAUCAAGUACCAGCAGCUACGCGAGAUGCUGGAUGAACUUCAUGAGCUCCAACAGGUCAUGGCUGAUUCAAAGCAAGACGAAUAUGCCAGAGACCUAGCUGCGGAAGCCGAGUCAGCGAAGAAACAACUCGAAGAGAGACAGCAAGCUGAGCGUGACAAUCUUGACUCGCUAAUGCAGAUCAAAAUCAGAGCUAGAGAGGAUAAAUACGACAAGGAAUAUGCUGCUCGAGCAGACCUGGAGCGUCAAUUAGAGGAGGAUUAUCUGGCCCAGCUUCGCGACUUUUGGGCCGAUAAAGUUGAUGGGGAAGAACGGGUAGAAGCAAGCAUGCUGCCUUUGCGCCAGCGCAUGGAUCUGGCGUACCGGACGUGGCAGAGGUGGAGGGACGACCAAUUACACCAUUAUCGGACCAAGCUCGAGGAUGAGCGAACUGUGAAGGAGGAACUCAUGUACAGCGCGAGGAAGAGGAAUGACGCAGCAUAUGUGGACAAGGAGACGGACCUGACGAGGCGAAUGGUGGCGGAGAAGAAGUGGAUUCAAGAGGUGAUUCUGGAGCGUGAGCGAUUGCUUGUGGGAAUGGAGCUUCGAGAGACUGAAGACGACGCGGAUAGUUUGUUCGCCGCUGAGACCAACGAGAAUAAUGAGUAA